AACCUCACCCACCAUAUUUCCCAUUUCCCUCUCUGCUUUUUAGCCCAUUCCUCUCUCUCUCUUUCCCCUCCCCCAGUUUUCUCACUCAUCCCCUUCUCUUUCCCCUCUUUUUAAAAUUUUCAGAGAGAAACGAUGAUAUAGAUACAGAUAUAUAGAGAUAGAUAGAUACAGAAUAGGUCCUCACUUCAGUGAACAGUGGUAGCCAUAGUUUUAGCUUUAGCUUCUUCUUCUUCUUCCUCAUCGGUUAGGGGCAUUUUGGUCAUUUCACUUUGCCCGGGGAGGAAUUCUUCUGCAGUUCAAGCUCAGGAAAGCCUUUGCUUUCUUCAAAAAAAUUCCAAGGAAAAGGAAAAAAAGCAAUCUUGUUGAGGCAAUGGACCCGAAUUUCGGCGACGAAAUCGACUGCGGGAGCUUCUUCGAUCAAAUCGACGACUUGAUCGAGUUUCCUUCGGACAAUGACUGUGGAGAUGGUAAUAACUUUGUGAGCAUUGAUGAUUGUAAGACGUUUACCGACAUGUGGAGCGAUCCCUUGCCGGAAAGUGACGCCAUUUUCCCUGGUGGCCAUCUCAACUCCGGCUCCGACCUCUCGGCCGAGCUCUCCGUGCCGCACGAGGAUAUCGCGCAACUCGAAUGGCUCUCGACUUUUAUGGAAGAUUCGUUUUCGGACGGAGGGAUGACGAUCGGGAAGGAUACCGUGAAAAUCGACGACGAGAAGGACCCGUCGGUGCGGAAAAACAAUCAAUUUCAAAUGUCGAGCCCCGUCUCCGAAAUUGAAAGUAGCACGAGCUCGUCCUCCUCGUCGAAUGGGAAGAUCAUACCCCUCGGCCCGAAUCAUCACCGGGCUGCACAACGGGCUCGGAGCAAGCGCCCCCGCCCGACAACUUUCCACCUCCGCCCCGGGAUUCAGCUCAUUUCCCCGUCGUCGUCCUCUGUCGAGACGGGCCCGCGCCUCCCUCCGGGGCUUUCCUCUGAGUCCGACAACUUCGUCGAGUCGUCACCGGCGGCGGCGACGAAGAAACUCCUGAAGCCCGCAGGAGACGAGCAAAAGAAAAAAAAGAAGAUCAAAGUGACUUUCUCGGCCGAUCCGGCAAACCGGGACCCGCCACCCGUCCGCAAAUGCCUGCAUUGCGAGAUCACCAAGACCCCGCAAUGGAGGGCCGGCCCAAUGGGCCCGAAGACACUAUGCAAUGCUUGUGGAGUCCGCUAUAAGUCGGGCCGGUUAUUCCCUGAGUACCGCCCGGCUGCUAGCCCGACCUUCAUCCCGUCCGUCCACUCCAACUCUCACAAGAAAGUCGUCGAGAUGAGAAACAAGAUUGUCCCCGGGCCCGCGACACCAACGCCGGCGAUGGGCUAGAAUCUUUAUCUCUGUUAAAGAAAACAACCCCCCCGGGGCAUGCGACGGGCUUGGAGUGGGGCCCGGCCCGGCCCAUCACAGUACUCGUCGUGCCCUCGGGGGUUCGGGAUUUAAAUUUCUUUCGUUCUUUGGUUCUUUGUAUAGUAAUGCGUAGUCGGGAGGAUAAACGCGAUAGUCGGGUAUGGUCGAGUCAGGUUGGAUCAGGUCAGGUUUCGGAUGAUCGUAGUAAGAAAGGUUAGGUUUUUAUUGAGUCUCCUUUUGAAUUUUUUUUUUUUUUUUUUUUUUUUUUUUUUUUUUCAUAUAGUUUGGAAGAACAUUAGUAUUUGUUGUUAUUCCUUUUGUGGGAAGAACUAUUUUUGCAGUUGAAAAUUUGUUGUAGGGAUAUUUC